AUGGAGGCUUGUAGCUUAGCCAGGACAAUUGGUUUAUGGAGUUUACCCACACACCCAAGGAUGUUCUUGUCUCAGGUCUUCAGAGUUUUGCUCAAGCUGCUUGGUCUCCCCCCCAGUUUACUGAAGAAAUUCCUCAAACAUGAGCAUAUUCAUCCACCACACAUGGAGAGUGAAGUAGGCGGAUUGCCGGAGCUGCCGCACGAACUCCUCGUGGAUAUAUUUGCCCUCCUAGAUAUUCCCGACCUGAAGCGUGCCAGCUCCGUCUGCUCCUCCUGGCGCUCAGUUUAUACCAGCCUAUGCAGCCUUGGGCUGUACAAGCGGCCCCAGACGCCAUGCCUGUUCUACACCUCUGAAUCUGCUGGUGAGAGUGUUGCCUUCCUCUACAGCCUCGCAGAGAAGAGGUCAUACAAGUUGACUCUCCCGGAGCCACCUAUCCGCAGUAGGCAUCUGAUCGGCUCCACAAAUGGCUGGCUGGUCACUGCUGAUGAGAGGUCUGAGAUGCAUCUUCUGAAUCCAAUCACCUGUCAACAGAUUGCUCUCCCGUUGGUGAUCACCAUCGAGCAUGUGACCCCCAUUUUUGAUGAAGCAGGUGCCUUAUGUGAGUACCAUUACUCGCGACACACAUAUGGGCCAUAUGGGCUCUGUACUGCUGACCGACCUUCAAUCCUUGCUCUUGACGAGCUACGGAGCUACCUCUAUGUAAAGGCAUUUGUAUUUUAUGAUGCAUCUGCAGGUGGACAUAUCGUGGUGCUUAUCCACAAUCCAUUCGGGCAGCUUUCGUUUGCUAGGUUAGGGGAUGACAAGUGGACCUGGCUGCCACAGCACUCUUUUUUUCAUGACUGCAUCUAUAAGGAUGGCCUAUUAUAUGCAGUGACAGCACAAGGGAAAAUUCUCGCCUUCAAUCUCAGAGGUCCUGUGGUCACAACGGAGUUAAUCAUGGACAUUGCGAAAGACAUUUUAGAUGAAAAUAUUUACAUUGUCCAGGCUCCAUGUGGCGGUCUACUUCAAGUCUGGAGAACCCAAGAGGCUAGUCAGUAUGUUGAAGAUGCUGGCCCUGCAAUAGAUCUGACUAAUACCAGAGAUAUCAAGAUAUUUAAAGUUGAAACCACGGCUGAAAAGCUUGUGGGAAUAGAUAGCUUGGAUGAUCAUGUGUUGCUUCUUGGGCACAACCAAACACUUUGUCUAAGUGUUGAAGAGUAUCCACAUCUGAAAGCAAACCAUGCCUAUUUUACAGAUGAUUGCGAACUGUAUCUUUUUGGAUGGAAGAAUAACCGUCGUGAUAUUGGAAUCUGUGACUUGGCAAAUAACACUUGUGAGGAACUUGUGUCCCCUCAGCCUUGGUCCAACUGGCCUAAUCCCAUAUGGAUAACACCAAGUCUUACAAGACUGUAA